ACUAACUAGUAACUCGUUAAUUGUGGAAGAAGGUUCCUUUCCAAAUUAUAAUAGAUGUUCUGUACAGCAUUUGGACAAAAUCAAAUUCUGUUUGGAACAUUUCUUUAGGCAUUGGUCAAGGGAAUCUUUAUACUUUUAAAAACUUGCCUUUGACUUUGCUAUUGUUUAUCGUCAAUUUUGUCCUUCUCCAUUGCGUGUUCAAAAACAUAUCCAAACAAUUUCGCACCGUACUUUAUGCAACUAUAUAAGCUAACCCCCCUCAUUGUUAUAACCAUCCAAAUUCCAAAGCAUUAAAAAAAAAAAAAAAACUGACGUAAACAAAGAAAGAAAUGGCAAUAAAUCUUGGUUUGUUCAUGCUAUUGCUUUCUUUCUCUAUAUUCAUUUUACCUGCCUUAUCGUUCAAACCCUCUUCGAAUGAAAUCAAUUCUUGGUGUAACAGAACUCCCUACCCGGAGCAAUGCAAGUAUUUUAUGAGUCAUGGUCCUCACCAUUUUGCACCCAAAACCAAGUCCGAUUUCAAAAAGAUGGCCAUGCAAAUAGUCAUGGACAGAGCCCUUAAAGCCGAAAAAUACACCAAAGCACUUGGUACAAAGUGUAGGAACGAACGAGAGAAGGUCGCUUGGAAUGAUUGCCUAAAGCUCUAUGAGAGCACGAUUCUCCAGCUCAACCGAACCCUCGACCCCAACAUCAAAUGUACUGAUUUUGAUGCACAAACUUGGCUCAGUACGGCCUUGACAAAUCUUGAAACUUGUCGAGCUGGAUUUAUUGAGCUAGGUGUAUCGGACCACAUAUUACCUCUCUUGUCAAAUAAUUAUAACGCGCCAGAAUUAAUUCGUAACACUUUAGCACUCAAUAAUAAUGGCUCCACACCAAAGCAAACUUACAAAGAUGGUUUUCCAACUUGGGUUUCUCCUGGUGAUCGAAAAUUGUUGCAAUCAUCUUCGGAUAUAAGGCCAAAUCUUGUGGUAGCUCAAGAUGGUUCAGGAAAUUUUAGGACAAUUAAGGCUGCACUUGAUGCUGCUGCUAAAAGGAGAGGAAAUGGAAGGUUUGUAAUUCAUGUGAAACGUGGAGUUUAUACAGAAAAUUUGGAGAUUGGAAACCAAAUGAAGAAUAUUAUGCUAGUUGGUGAUGGGUUAAGGUACACAAUUAUUACCGGUAGCCAAAGUGUAGGAGGAGGUUUUACCACAUUCAGCUCUGCUACUGUUGUUGUAACUGGGGAAGGAUUUAUUGCUCGAGGCAUUACAUUCCGUAACACUGCAGGUCCACAAAAUCACCAAGCAGUAGCACUACGCUCUGGAUCUGACCUUUCAGUUUUCUACUGCUGUGGAUUUGAAGGGUAUCAAGACACUCUUUACGUCCAUUCACAACGACAAUUCUACAAAGAAUGUUACAUCUACGGCACAGUAGACUUUAUUUUUGGUAACGCCGCGGUGGUUCUCCAGAACUGCAUGAUAUAUGCAAGGAGACCUAUGAAUAAGCAAAAAAUUACUAUAACAGCACAAGGUCGAAUGGAUCCCAACCAAAAUACCGGAAUUUCAAUCCACAAUUCGCGAGUAAUGGCUGGAUCAGACCUUAAGCCAGUGUUAGGUUCAUUCAAGACAUAUUUGGGAAGACCAUGGAAACAAUAUUCACGAACUGUAUUUAUUCAAAAUUCUAUGGACUCGUUGGUGGAUCCGGCUGGUUGGCUAGAGUGGGAUGGCAAUUUUGCUUUAAAUACUUUGUACUAUGGGGAAUAUAGAAAUACUGGCCCAGGAUCAUCUACUAAUAGAAGAGUAAAGUGGCGUGGUUAUCGUGUGAUUACAAGAUCAAGUGAAGCAUCAAAAUUUAAUGUGGAGAAUUUUAUAGUUGGUCGAUCAUGGUUGCCAUCCACCAGUAUUCCAUUCAUGGCUGGCCUCUAAGAUUAAAAAAAAUAUAUACUUAUUACUUUUGCAUUUCUUUUUCUUCAUUGCUAUUGUUUUGUUCUUUAUUCUUGAAUGAUGCUCAGCAAAUUGAGUUCUUCAAUAAGUUACUGAUUGUGUUAUGUAUAUAUGUAAAAGUUAAUGCAUCAAUUUGAAGUUCUUAUAAACAAAUUCU